AUGACCUUACAGGAACGGCCUAUGUUGACUCUAAAUGUCAACGAGAAACCUAUUAAGGGCCUAUUAGAUACUGGAGCUGAUCGCUCCAUUAUUUCUCAAAAGGAUUGGCCUGGCUCCUGGCCCACAAAUGUGGCGGAGCAAAGCCUGCAAGGGCUGGGGUUUGUUCACGCCCCGAAAGUCAGCACCUCACUAUUGAAUUGGCGAGAUGAGGAAGGUCAUACUGGCCAAUUCCAACCCUUCGUACUCCAAUUGCCUGUGUCCCUCUGGGGAAGAGAUGUCUUGACAGACAUGGGCAUUACAUUAACCACUUUAUAUUCCCCAAAGGCCCAGUCCAUGCUAUUGAAGCAAGGCUACAUCCCAGGAAAAGGCUUGGGCAUCAAUCUACAAGGCAGAGCAACACCGCUUCGAGGUGCUCCCAAACAAGAUAGAGAGGGCCUGGGUUUUUCCUAG